CACAAAUAGAAAUUCUCUUUGAUACAAGUUUAGGUUUUUUGAUAGAAUCAGAAAAGAAUUCACAAGACUAUUCUAAAACAGCAUUAACAUUUUAUGUUGAGAAUUUUGGCAAGACAGAAAUUUCUAUUGAAGAACAAAAUGUCGAGCUUAUAUCAGAAUUCCAAAAUGAAUUAGCUUGUGACAGUAAAGAAAGCUUGAUGAACUUCAGUAUUUAUAGACAAGAUCCAGAAUUUCAGAUUAAGUCUGGUACAAGUAGUGAAG